GGCGGCCCAGGUGAGUCCCGACUGCGCAGGGAGGGACCGCGCCGGGCUCCGGAGCAGCAGCCGGCCUCUUACCUGCCCCCUGAGGCCGCGCACCGGACUCCGGCGCCGACCCGCAUCCCGGGCCCUCUCGGAGCCGCUGCCUCUCCGGGUCCGGGCGGCCUCCGCCCUGGCCUGCCCCGGUGCCGGGUGUCUGCUGAAGUUAGAACCGAGACCCCGUUUGCCGGGGACCCGGAGUUUGGAUCUUUGCUCCUGCGCCGCGUUCUAGAGCAAGCCUUGGCCUCAGCAUGGAGGGGAGGGCCACCGCAUCCACCCCUGCAGCGCUGCCUUACUACGUGGCCUUCUCCCAGCUGCUGGGCCUGACCUUGGUGGCCAUGACUGGUGCUUGGCUUGGUCUGUACCGAGGCGGCAUUGCCUGGGAGAGCAACCUGCAGUUCAAUGUGCACCCGCUCUGCAUGGCCAUAGGCCUGAUCUUCCUGCAGGGAGAUGCCCUGCUGGUUUACCGUGUCUUCAGGAAUGAAGCCAAACGCACCACCAAGGUCCUGCACGGGCUGCUGCACGUCUUUGCGCUCAUCAUCGCCCUGGUUGGCUUGGUGGCGGUGUUCGACUACCACAGGAAGAAGGGCUACGCUGACCUGUACAGCCUGCACAGCUGGUGUGGGAUCCUGGUCUUUGUCCUGUACUUCGUGCAGUGGCUGGUGGGCUUCAGCUUCUUCCUCUUCCCUGGAGCCUCGUUUUCCCUGAGGAGCCGCUACCGCGCGUCACACGUCUUCUUUGGCGCCACCAUCUUCCUCCUCUCCGUGGGCACCGCCCUGCUGGGCCUGAAGGAGGCCCUGCUGUUCAAGCUCGGCAGGGCCAAGUACAGCUUGUUUGAGCCCGAGGGCGUCCUGGCCAACGUGCUGGGCCUGCUGCUGGCCUGCUUCGGGGGUGUGGUGCUCUACAUCUUGACCCGGCCCGACUGGAAGCGGCCCUCCCAGGCGGAGGAGCAGGCCCUCUCCAUGGACUUCAAGACGCUGACGGAGGGAGACAGCCCCAGCUCCCAGUGAUGCGCCCAGCAGGCCCUGGGGGUCCGCAGGGUGUCUUCAGGGCUGCAGGCUCCAGCGGAGGGCGGGCGAGUGCGCGAGUGCGUGCAGCUGCGUCUGUUUGAGUGCUGCUUUCUGGGGUGGGGCUCCGCCACCUCUGCUUCUCCCUUUCUCCGCUGCUAUAGCUCCCGCGUCUCUAUUGUCCCCUUCAGUGCAAAGGCUUUGGUCAGUCCUGGUCGCAGAGCACAGAUCUUUAGAGGAGCCAGCGAGAGGGCCCCACCCUCCGGGCAGCAGAUGCCUGGGGCAAGGCCACGGGAAACUGGGGGGGCCUCAGGGACGGGCCUGGAAAGGCCAUGACGGCUUCUGAGUGCAAACCAGGAGCCCCUCCAGCCCGAGUAACACGUGGCUCAGAUGGGCCCAGUCUUUGGCAGAGGAGCAAGUGACAUGAUGUGUCAAGUAUGUUGGUGUUGAGAGCAAGGUUCCCAGGAGAGGGGCGGGCCAGGCCCGCGGAGGCUGAGAUGAGGCCCUGGUCCAGCUGCAGUCCUGACCCUCCUAUUCUUUAACCCUUUAUUCAGGACAGCUUUGCUGGGAGAGGGGGUGGAAGCCCAUGACUUCAGACAAACGUUCCCUUCGCAGAUGUGGGCAGCUUCCUCUCAGGCUGAUCCAGACAUGGGGGGCAAAGGUGGGAGGCACCCUACAGCCCCUUUCUGCUGGGGCUCCCUCCCUGCAGCACCCCUCCCCUGACCUCACAGCUCAGCCCUGGUUUCUUCUCCCAGGCUCACCCAGGCUUUGCUCAGGCUGGGAGGCGGAGGGCACAAAGCUUAGCAUUUUUUAAAUGAAAAACCACU